UUGAUUUUGGACUUCCUUGUCAGAUGCGUGCUCGGAAAACCCCGUUUCAAAACUAUCCGUUUAGAAGCCAUUUAUUUACACAACUUUUCACAGCCAAGUGGUCUCUCCGGGAGAAAGAGUAAAAUAGAGUAAUUUGUGUGUUCUUCCUGUAUCCGUGUUGGGGUUGAACAUGUCUGCGGCCGCUGGCGGUGCUCUGUCUCCAGGUUCGGGCCUCUCCGCUGGUCCUGCUGCGGGUGCCGGCUCCGGCAUGUCCAUGUUCCGAUGGCUAGAUGUUUUGGAGAAAGAGUUUGAUAAGGCAUUUGUGGAUGUGGAUCUGUUGCUGGGAGAAAUAGACCCCGAUCAGGCUGACAUCACAUAUGAGGGCCGUCAAAAGAUGACCAGCCUCAGUUCAUGUUUUGCUCAGCUGUGUCAUAAAUCCCAAACCAUCUUUCAGCUCAACCACAAACUUGAGGCUCAGCUGGUAGACCUGCGGUCAGAGCUGACAGAUGUGCAGGCAGAGAAGGCCGUCGUGGAGGAGGUGGUUCACGAACAGCUUCUGCAGCUCCAUGCCAUACAGCUCAAACUCCAAGCCAAAGCCGGCCAGACAGUGGACUCUGACUCCAUCAAGGACAGGAUGCCUGUUCCCUCAGUGGAGGAGAUGGAGAAGGAAUUGGAGGCCAGUAAAAAAGAAAAGGUAAAGGAGGUAAAGUUAGAGGCAGAGGUCAAGAUGCUCAAGAAAGAAAACGAGGCCCUCCGCAGGCACAUCGCGGUACUACAGGCAGAAGUGUAUGGAGCCAGACUGGCAGCCAAGUACCUGGACAAGGAGCUGGCUGGGAGGGUGCAGCAGAUCCAGUUACUGGGGAGAGACAUGAAAGGACCAGCUCAUGACAAACUAUGGAACCAACUUGAAGCUGAGAUUCACCUGCAUCGCCAUAAAACAGUCAUCCGAGCUUGCAGGGGGCGCAAUGAUGCCAAGAAGCCCUUGCCAUCACCUGUGGGGCAUGAUACAGAUUCUUUGAAAAAGACUCAAGGAGUCGGCCCUAUACGCAAAGUGGUUCUAGCCAAAGAAGACCAUGAGGGCCUUGGCAUCUCCAUCACUGGCGGUAAAGAGCACGGAGUUCCCAUCCUCAUCUCUGAGAUCCACCCUACCCAGCCUGCAGAGCGCUGCGGAGGUCUGCAUGUGGGAGACGCAAUCUUAGCCGUCAACAACAUCAACCUGAGAGAUGCAAAGCACAAAGAGGCUGUCACCAUUCUCUCACAGCAGAGGGGGGAAAUUGAGUUUGAAGUGGUUUAUGUGGCUCCAGAGGUGGAUUCUGAUGAUGAGAACGUGGAAUAUGAAGAUGACAGUGGUCACCGUUAUCGCCUAUAUCUGGACGAAUUAGAGGAGGAAUCAAGAGCCAGUCACAGCAAUGGCACUGCUGACCCCGCUUCACUACAAGCUGUGGAGAAGCACUUAGCAAGUAAUAGAACAGAGAAUGGAGAUACAGCCUUGUCCAGCGAGAGCUCUUCAGAGGACAAGACCUCUAAGACAGCAGAGUCUACCGACAGUUCCCCUUAGAUCUGCAGAAGGUAGAGGAGCAUCAGACGUGAAGAUGGAUAGGAGAAAGAGAUUAAAACGCCACAUGUACUGUAUAAUAUUUAACAUGGAAUUCUUCUUGUUUUAUGCCGUAUGGAGAAUAGACUGCGUUGACGUCUACUUGACAUGGACCGAACCACUGAGAAACACUGAGAGGACUUAUUGAUACUCAGCCACUACAAAGGAUUGUCUGCAAAUUCACGUCAUCUCGGUUUAGUUGCAAAGAAACACUUAAGGGGGAAAAUUUAAGAGCUAACAAGAUGAGUAAUGUGAUGUGUUUAAUAAGGCUUAUACUACCGGUCAAAAGUUUUGAAACACUUUUUCUUUAAUAUAAAUUGAUUUUUUUCACAUUCUAGAAUAAUAGUGAAGUCAAAACUAUGGAAAUUAUGUUGUGACUAAACAAAAUCGAAAAUAAAUCAAAACGAUGUUAUAUUAUUGCCUCUUCAAAGUAGUCACCAUUUGCCUAGAAUUUGCAAACAUACUCUUGACAUUUUCUCUAACAGUAUUGAAGGAGUUCCCAUCUAUGUUGGGCACUUAUUGGCUGCUUUUCUUUAUUAUUUGGUCCAAUAAUUAUAAUUAUAAAAAAUAGUUAUAAUUUUAUUAACUUUUUGUUUUCUAAUGAAAUAAGUUAAUAUGGUGGCACAAUUAUAUUUUUGUCUAUUUCAAACAUAUAAACACACGCCUUAAGAUCAAAAGAUUUUUUAAGAUCAUGAGAAACAUUUCAGUCAAGUGUUUCAAAAGUUUUGACCAGUAAUGUAUAUGGUAUAACUUCCUCUUUUGUGUAACCUUUCUGUGCAUUUAAUUGGAUAGUUCAUCCCAAAAUGAGAAUUCUGUACUAAUUAGUUACCCUCUUGUUGUUCCAAAUCAUGUAUGACUUCCUUCUUCCACAGAACAUGGGUUCUGUGACAGUCAUGGGUUUAGAACAACAUGAUGGGCAGUAAAUGACAGAAUUUUCAUUUUUUCAGUGAACUGUUCCUCUAAUGGCCCUCUGUAGUUCAGCUGAAUUUGAACUGAAAUGUAGGGUUCAGACGUCUCUCGUAAUACUAAAGUAGAUUGAUAUAGCAAUGAAUUACUGUUCACUCAAUGUGUGUUCAUAUAAAACAUCACUAGUUUUUGACAUCUCCGUUUUAGGCUUGUGUGAGUCGAUGCUGCUUAGCCAUCCUCUAAAGCAAAGGUAAACAGGAUAAUGUUACUUCCUGUUUAACAGUUAGGUCAAUCAUUAGGUCAACAUCCAUAUGCCUUUUUUAUUUUUCUGAAUUCUUCACUUAUCAGUCCUAAAACAAAAAUCAACAGUUUUCCGGGUGCAAUGUAGUUGAUAGAAGAGAUGAAUAAUCUAGAUUGAACUUUAAAGAGUUAUGAACAAAUCUCAAGAAGAAUUGUCCACGUCAUAUUACACUCUAAAACAAAUAAUAAUAUAAGAAAUAAUAUUUUGCAUAAAGAAAAUGAAGCCGGUUUAGGUCUCCUAAGAUUUUGUGCAUUUAUUUUUACAUUAUUUUCAAGACAAUUAAGCACAUUUGUCCCCAUAUUCUGAACUCCGUCUUAUUACUGUAAUACAAUAAUGAAAAUAAUCCUGUCCUGACACAGUGAUUUCGGUAGCACUUUAUUUUAUGAUACUGUUCUACAUUUUUGUACUAUAUAAUUACAGCAACUACAGUAAUUGCUAGGUACUAAACCUAACCUUAACCCAUAUUAAGGACAUGUAAUUACUUAAAAUUACUCAGUACUUUCUUGGGUAAGUACUGAGUAUACUGAAGAGUACUGAAAGUAUACGUACUGUAAAAUAAUCAGCAUAAUUUAUAUCCAGUACCACAAAUACUACCUUGAUGUAUACUUACUUAACAGUGUCAAAAGUAGAUAAGUAUUUUUUACAUUACAUAAUGAUUUUUGUUUUGCAAUACAUUAUGCAGCUGACAAUUGGGGAAAUGCGUGCUUAAAUUUGUGGAUAUUUUUUUGCACCUAAUAUGGAAGUGAGUGCUUCAGUCCAUAAACAUUUAAAGUACACAUAGUUUCAAAAUUAUAGCCGCAAAUAGUUAGCAUUAUACUUGUUAACGUGACUUUAGAGGGCUAAAAUCGUUCGCAGAGUUUAUGGCUUUGCGUUGCCAUGGCAACAAAGUUGUUUUAUUGGGUUGAAGCUUUACACCAAUAAGGUUAGUAAGCGAUUUUAUCACUCUAAAAUCACGUCAACGUGAUUGAUGUUUACAUAUUUUGGCUAUACUUAUGAAACGGUGAGUAUUUUGAUGUUUAUAGACUGGCCCCAUUCACUUUUAUUGUGUAUUGUCCAGACCACUCCUUUAAAGGUGCUGAAAGCUAAUUUAGCCGUUCUAGAAUUUCCACAAGCCUUUAUCCAAAACCCCGCACUCCAAAGAUACCAAAUUAGCUUUACUGAGACUGACACGAGCAGGAACCGUUGUCAAAAACAACAGCAAAAUAGUGCCCUCAACUGACAACUGUUAUGAGCAACAUGGCAUAAAAAUGGCACUAUGCCUCAAUAAUUUGUUGCAACUACAACUACCAUACUAUAAGAAUGCACAAAAUGAUUGACGGUCAGAAAGCGUCAUUGUCUGCGGCCUGCGGACACAUUUAUGUUUGCUGUUUACAGAGUCUAGAGCUGUCAGAGAAACCGGUGAGAUAUCUCAUGACACUUAUUUCAUUAAUAACUUUCAGGGAGUAGUAAAAUUUUUUGCAAACCUUUCCAUGAAUAAAUUGAUGCAGCACCUUUAAUUAUCAUUAAAUAAUGUCACAAUGCAACAACAAAAAUCGGAUUGAUCCUAAAAUUUUAUUUCAAUUUCUUUAUGUGAAAUAUCAUUUCCUGUUUUAUUUAGAUUUUAGGGUGAGAUAUGACUUCAAUAAUUCUUCACUUUUUUAUGACAUUCACCCUUACAUAUCUUCAGAAGAGUAUUUUGAACUUCUAUGCUGAACAGUGUCCAUAUAGACAGUGCCAAGGAACCAACUGUAUUAAGUGUCUUUGGAAGAGAUUACGAUAUUAUCUAGUUAGGGGUUAAAUGUACUUGCAUUUUUAGACAGCAACAUACAUUUAAAUGUAUUUAAUCAAGCUAAUUUACUUCUUAUGUUUUACGAAGAAAAACUAAAGGGUACAAGCAUUGUUUUACGAGCUUUAGAGGAUUUUAACAAACCUCUUCCCUAUUAUCAUGGCUAGUGCCUAAAAUCUGUGAAUUGUAAUCAUUACUGUAUAGGUUUCUAUAAUCAUCAGUGUUGCUUUCUUGCCAUUAAUUUAUUUAACAAUUCCCUUUACUCCCAUACUGUGGAACAUAUAUUUCUCAAUAGCAUCUUGGACUGCGUCUCAAGGUCUUUUCCGAAAGGUGUUCAUUAUAUGAUAACACCUUGAGUCAUAUGCACUAAUCUGACUGUCUGUACACUGAAUACUAUAUUUAAAUUAAAGAUAUGGGCUGUAUAGCAAAACAAACCUUCCCAAAACAUGCUUAAGUGCUAUAUAAAAUAUACGUAAAUUAUUCACAAUCACGCUGUUAGUCUGUUAUUUAUCACCCCACUGUUGUCUUCACAUAUGUUUUUUAAGUAGAUGAGGGCAGUUGGGACAAUCAACUCAUUUGGCCAUAUGGUCUUCUCUUAUCAGUAUGUGGGCUGGUUCAGUGAACUAUUGUUGUUACUUUUAUGUUCUUGUUACUGAUUAGUUCAUCAGGGUGGUGAUUAUUUGGGUGUGCUGUGCGCCUGCAAGGCACCAGUUGUGCUUCCCACACUGCCAGUGUAUGGCACAGCACAGAUGCAACUUUGAGCUGCAGGUCAAAUAUAUCCAUCUUUUUGCCCAUUUCCUUUUUCUUUUCUUUUUUUUCUAGUGUCAUAAGAAAUGUGUUUCUGAAACAGGAGAUUUGUGAAUGUUCCACAUGUAGUUAAUGCAGGACAUUAAAUGUUUAAAUAAACAAAUUUACUUGCCCAGAGUAUUGCUGAUUUGAUGGGGGGUUGAUAAAAGGGCAUUUUUAAACAGUGAAGCAACUUUUGACAAAUUGAAUCUAAUAAAUGAUGCAGUAUAUCUUACAAACUUGAGGGGGCAGUAUGACCUGCAAACAGAAAUUCAAACAGCCAUUUAAGUUGUAUCAAAUGUUAAAAUUAAUCAUUUUGUCUUAAAUUUGAAUGACUCUCUGUUCUGUGGAAAACUAAAGAACUUUUGAAUAAUGUACUGGUUGUUUUUAGGUCCCAUUGCAAAGAAUGUAAAUAAA